AUGUCAAGUGCUAGAUCUGAACAUUUGGCCCUUGGUUUCCCACCUACAACCCAGGGUCGCUCCUCUUCACCAACUACAUCCACCUCGCAGUCCCCUAUUGAGGCAUCGGGCCCAUCAGGUGUCAGGUCCCCCUUUGGCAUGUCCGGCGGAUUGAACGCCGCUGGUAACAAGAUGGCAGGAGCCACGCGAUCCGGGGCAGGUUCUCCUUCGCAUGACAUACCUGGCUCUGGCAGACUAUUUUCCAAAAGAGCUCGCGAAAUUCAAGCCCAGGAAGGCGUGCCCUUGAACCCUUGGGGCGGCCCGCCUACCAGCGGAAAUUCUACUCCAUUGCGCGAGAAUAUCCCGGAGUCUCCCACCGAUGGCUUUCCUGAUUUCGUCCAGCAGCCAACUGCCGACAGCUUGCCGUCGGCGGGACGCCGUGGUCGUGCUGGCACCGUUCCAUCCAGAUUCCCAGGAGCACCCGUUGGAAAUGGACUCCUGAGUAUUCCAACUCUGGCCGCCCAGUCUUCACGCGUGAGCCCGUCGCAGAGCCCGUUCGGCAAAUCCCCUUCGCCAGGCCUGACGGACUCCUCUGGCCAAACCGCGUCUGGUUCUAGCUCCCUACUCUCGAGACUGCGAGCCGGCUCCAUGCCGCAGCGCAGCCCAUUCGCCAACAUUCCUGGCACAAGCUCCCCCUUUGGACCGACCCUCUUCAGCGGCAGCUGGAACCCCUCUGGGCGCGAACGAGGAAACACUCUCGCCAGUAUCGCCAGUGUUGGAUCGAACGGCCCGAGCUCACCUGCGCAGUCUGCAUUCUCGAAAGAGGGCAAUGGUGAGAAUGACGUCCACAUGCGCACGCUGGAUUAUCUUGGUCUGGCCGAGACACCGCAGCCUGCCCGCGCACAGCUGGCCGGUCCUUACCUGCCUGGCCUUGCCGAUUUCACCAAGCAAGCAAAUCGAUUCCGUUCGUACUCUGUGAACAACAAGGACAAGUACGCCGAUGAGGACGAUGAUGAUUAUGAUGACCCUGAGAGCCAGUAUGCUGCAGCUCUCCUUCAAGAUCAGCUCGCGGCUACGCAAGCAGCCAUUCACAAUCACAACAUCGCUGUUCAGAAUCUUCAAAACCUGGCUGCCCAGACCAUGGCACGACCAAGGGCCAGAACCGUGGGCGGUUUGGAUCUGACCGCUGCAGGCUCCCGAGGUCUCCGCAAUUUCUACCACACCCCUUCUCGUUUGGACAGCUCCAUGACUGCUACUGAGCUCCGGCUGCCAGACGACAAAGAAUUUGAUGAUCUUCCCCAGGCUGUAGCUGCAAUGAAUUUGGGGCGCUCUAACAGCCGUAACAAUGGUCUGCUCAGCGCGGAAGAAGGUCUUGAAGGGCCCACGAGUGCUUUGUGGCUGGGCAGUAUUCCCACCUCUACCACCACCUCGACGUUGACGGAGAUGUUCAAGCAAUACGGCCCCAUCAUUUCAGUGAGAGUCUUGACGCACAAGAAUUGUGGUUUUGUCAAUUUCGAGCGCAUUGACAGCGCCAUGUCUGCCAAGUCGGCCAUGAAUGGGAAGGAGAUCUUCCCCGGAGCUGGUCCAAUCCGCAUCAACUUUGCAAAGCCACCCUCUGCUUCGAACACUCCGGGCCAUGACGGGGUCUUCCCCUCGCCCAGUCCAGACCCUUUUGCCAAGGGCGGUGAAAAUUCUGCCUCGAAUGCUGCCAAUGCAGUGGAUGCAGCGGGGGUUGCCUCACAAGCAAACGCAGCCCCUGUGAUCCCUCCUCUGCACGAAAUCACGGCGGACAUUGUUCAAAUCGUCAAGUCUUUUGGUGCUACUGAUGAGGACACCUUCAGGAUCUCGCAUAGUCUGAAUUCCGCUGUUCAGUUCACCAACUUUGUUGAUGAGAUCCCUCCUGUCAGAGAGCCAACUCACACCCGCGUUCACGAUGCACCGAAACUACGAGAUAUCCGCAAGCGUAUUGACAAUCAGAGUCUAUCCCAGCCUGAAAUCGAGAACAUUGCUCUCGACAUGCUUCCCGAAAUCGCUGAACUGGCGUCAGACUAUCUUGGCAACACCGUAGUUCAGAAAUUGUUUGAGCAUUGCUCUGACAACAUCCGUGAUGCCAUGCUGGGCGAGAUUGCUCCACACUUGGCAGAGAUUGGUGUGCACAAGAACGGUACCUGGGCUGCACAGAAGAUCAUUGACGUGUGCAAGACACCUCAGCAGAUGACUCUGAUCGUCGAACAUGUCCGACCCUACACUAUUCCGUUGUUCCUGGACCAAUACGGAAACUACGUCUUGCAAGGUUGCCUGAAGUUUGGCAGCCCCUACAACGAUUUCAUUUUCGAGACUAUGCUUAGCAAGAUGUGGGAUAUUGGUCAAGGUCGAUACGGCGCAAGGGCUAUGAGAGCCUGUCUUGAGAGCCACCACUCAACCAAGGACCAGCAGCGAAUGCUUGCCGGAGCGAUCGCUCUGAACAGUGUACAACUUGCAACCAAUGCAAACGGUGCUCUGCUUUUGACCUGGUUCCUUGACACAUGCACCUUCCCGCAGCGACGCAGCGUGCUAGCACCACAGCUAGUUCCGUACUUGAUUCACUUGUGCACACACAAGGUUGCCUACCUUACCGUGCUCAAGGUCAUUAACCAAAAAGCCGAGGCUGACGCCCGCGACACAAUCCUCAAGGCUCUGUUCUUCACACCAAAGGACCAGGUCCUGGAGGCGAUUCUCAGCGACCACGCCUGUGGUGCAACUUUGAUCUUCAAGGUUUUAACCACACCAUUCUUUGAUGAGAGCAUCCGAAGCCAAGUCGUUGAGAACGUCAAGAACGUCCUCAUUCGCAUCAAGGCUCAACCCAACCAAGGUUACAAGCGCCUGAUGGAUGAGGUUGGCUUGUCCACUCGCAAUGGUGGAGGUUCUCGGGAUCAUUCUAUCAGCGCAACUGAGCGACAACGUCCAGCUUCGAGACAGGCACAGGGUCAUGCGCAGGCGAACGCAGCGGCAGCUCAGCAAAAUGCCCAAUAUGGCAGCCAGUACUUGAACCCCCUCAACCCGGCCAGUGCUCCCGGCAAUUACGACAUGGGCUAUGGUAGAGGUGAUGGCAAUGAAUCUGCCAUGCCUCCCUUCCCGCAAUACGGCCAACAAAGUGGCAUGUUCAAUGGCAACAACCCUGCGAUGGUCUCCAACAUGCAGCAGCUGCAGUAUCAGCAGAAUAUGUUGCCACGAGGCAACCCGCCCAUGAACAACUUCUUCACGGGCAUGCAAGCUGGCUACAAUGGAUACAACAGUCCCACGCCGCCUAUCGACCAGUACCGUAAUCAACCCCUUGCGAACGGCAGUCCUAUCCAGCCGCCAGGAGCACCUUCAGGCUUUGCUCCCCCAGGCUUCAAUAUGCCAAUGGGAAUGGGUAGCUAUGGCUACAACGGCAUCAGCGGAAUGCAAAACAUGCCCUACAUGCAAGAACAACCAGUCAACACGAGGCGCGGACGCGUAGGUCAACCUCCCCACAGAGGCAGGAAAUCACCUCGACCGUAG